AUGCCAAACACAUCAUUACGGAAACCCCAAAAGGGAUUUGUGCGCCGCGGGGGCAAAAAGGCAUACCAUGGCGGCACAAGGACACGCACUUUCGCGGCUUCGACGACCCGUAACGAAGGCACGUCGGCAGACGAGAAGGCCGAGCGGACGAUACUGGCCCACCAGAUCGACGAGUCCAUGGGUUUUUCCCGCUACGAGUCGGGGCGGAAGAAGGAAGGCUGGCUCGUCAAUGUGCAGCCCACCACGAUAGGCCUCGACGACGACCGGAUACCGGGCGGUCGCUCCGCCCUGGAUUGCUACUUCAUAGAAGAGGAUGGGCAGACUUUCAAGGCUACAGUCGAGUACGAACCCUACCUGAUGAUUGCAGUCAAGAAGGGGCGGGAGAGCGAGGUGGAGGAAUGGGUCAAGCGCGUCCCUGGCGACGGCGUCGUCCGGGGCGUCAAGAAGGUUGAGAAGGAGGAUCUGAGCAUGCCCAAUCACCUGCUCGGCUACCGGAGGACAUUUCUGGAGCUGCGCUUCGCAAAUGUGCAGGAUUUGUUGUCUGCGAGGAGGGACAUCAUGCCCAUUGCAGAGAAGAAUAAGAAGGCCAUGGGCACCGCCGAUGUCUAUGCUGAGGUCGCUGCCCAACAAGCCGGGUUUGACCUUUUUGACGAUUCACGAGAUGACGACAUGAGACGAACAACCACAUCAUUUGCCGAUGCGAGCGACUACAUCACUGACAUUCGAGAGUAUGACGUACCAUACCAUGUACGAGUAAUGAUUGAUUUGAACAUCCGAGUGGGAAGAUGGUACUUUGUGGAGGCGAAGCAUGGCGUGACGACGGUCAAGCUUAACGAAGACCGUCUUGUCCAGGCCGAUCCGGUAGUCAUGGCCUACGAUAUCGAGACCACGAAGCUUCCCCUGAAAUUCCCCGACGCAGCCAUUGAUCAGAUUAUGAUGAUUUCAUACAUGAUUGAUGGGCAAGGCUUCCUCAUCACGAAUCGCGAGAUCGUUGCUGAGGACAUUGCAGACUUCGAGUACACUCCGAAACCGGAAUACCCCGGGCCUUUCAUGAUAUUCAACGAGCCAAACGAGCGCGCAGUGAUAGAGCGAUUCUUCUUACACAUCAAGGAGGCGAGGCCAACAGUGAUUGCGACAUACAACGGCGACUUCUUCGAUUGGCCGUUUGUGGAGGCAAGGGCGACCGUCAACGGCAUCGACAUGUACCGGGAGAUUGGCUGGAAGAAGGACAGCGAAGACAUUUACAAGUGUUCAUACGGCGUGCACAUGGACUGUUUUGCCUGGGUCAACCGAGAUUCAUACUUGCCCCAGGGAAGUCGAGGCCUCAAAGCUGUCACAGUCGCAAAGCUCGGUUACGAUCCAGACGAGCUUGAUCCGGAACUCAUGACGCCUUACGCCAGCGAGAGACCGCAGACGCUUGCCGAAUACUCAGUCUCCGAUGCUGUUGCGACAUACUACCUGUACAUGAAGUACAUUCACCCCUUCAUCUUCUCACUUUGCACGAUUCUCCCUCUGGGAGGCGACGACACAUUACGAAAGGGCACAGGUACACUUUGCGAAAUGCUGCUCAUGGUCCAGGCCUACGAAAAGAACAUCAUCAUCCCCAACAAGCAUGUGGCAGCGAAGGAGGCCUUUUGGGACGGGCAUCUGCUUGACGCAGAGACCUAUGUUGGUGGUCACGUCGAGAGUAUCGAAGCCGGCGUGUUCCGUGCGGAUAUCCCAACCAACUUCGCGGUCGACCCGACGGCGAUUGACGAGCUCCUCAACGACCUCGACGCAGCCUUGAAAUUCAGCAUCACGGUCGAGGAGAAGAAGUCGCUUGACGACAUCGUGAAUUAUGAUGAGAUCAAAGAGCAGAUUGCAUCACGCUUACGGUUGAUUGGAGAAACGCCAAAUCGUAAUGAGCGACCCCUAAUCUACCACUUGGAUGUCGCGUCCAUGUAUCCAAAUAUCAUGACAACGAACCGACUGCAGCCAGAUUCCAUGAUUCAGGAGUCCGAUUGUGCAGCUUGCGACUUCAAUCGGCCAGGCAAGACUUGCGACAGAAGGUUGCCAUGGGCCUGGCGUGGAGAAUAUCUUCCGGCGAAGCGAGACGAGUACAACAUGAUCAGGCAAACUCUCGAGAACGAGAAGUUCCCAGGCAAAUGGCCAAACUCGCCGAUGCGCACAUUCCAGGAGCUCCCUGAAGAGGAGCGCAUCGCCUUGACGAGAAAACGAUUGACUACGUACAGCCAAAAAGUCUAUCACAGGAUCCGCGAGCAGACGACAAUCACUCGGGAGGCCAUUAUCUGUCAGAGGGAGAAUCCAUUCUUUAUUGACACAGUGUCUGGCUUCCGCGAUCGUCGAUAUGACUACAAGGGCAAGGCAAAGGUCUGGAAGGGCAAGACAGAGACUCUCAAGUCAUCCGGCGCACCAGGUGCCGAGGUCGACGCUGCCAAGAAGAUGAUUGUCCUCUUUGACUCGCUACAACUUGCGCACAAGGUCAUUCUCAACUCGUUCUACGGCUACGCCAUGCGAAAGGGGUCCCGAUGGUACUCCAUGGAAAUGGCCGGAGUGACGUGCUUGACAGGUGCCACUAUUAUCCAGCUGGCCAAGGAGCUGGUCGAGCGCCUGGGACGACCUCUCGAGCUGGACACUGAUGGUAUCUGGUGCAUGUUGCCAGGCAGCUUCCCAGAAAACUUCGCCUUCAAGAUGAAGAACGGCAAGAAGGUCUUCAUCUCGUACCCUUGCGUCAUGCUGAACCAUAAAGUCCACGCCAAAUUCACUAACCAUCAGUAUCAAACCCUGGUGGAUCCCAAGACAUUCAAGUACGAGACCCACAGCGACAACUCCAUCUUCUUCGAGGUCGAUGGUCCAUAUCGUGCCAUGAUCCUGCCUACUUCCAAGGAGGAGGACAAGAACUUGAAGAAGCGUUAUGCCGUGUUCAACGACGAUGGCAGCCUUGCCGAGCUGAAGGGUUUCGAGGUAAAGCGGAGAGGUGAGCUCAAGCUCAUCAAGAUCUUCCAGCAGCAGAUCUUCAAAUUCUUCCUCGAAGGAACAACAUUAGCAGAGUGCUACUCCGCAGUCGCCAAGGUUGCUGAUAGGUGGCUCGACGUGUUGCACAGCAAGGGCUCGACUCUGGCAGAUGAGGAACUGAUCGACCUGAUUUGCGAAAACCGCAGCAUGUCGAAAACGCUUGAGGAGUACGGGUCCCAGAAGUCCACAUCAAUUACCACGGCCAAGCGACUCGCUGAGUUCUUGGGCGAGCAGAUGGUCAAGGACAAGGGCCUCAAUUGCAAGUACAUCAUCUGUGCGAAACCGCGAGGCGCUCCCGUCACUGAGCGUGCCAUUCCGGUCGCCAUCUUCUCGGCAGAGCUCGAGAUCAAGAGGACUUUCUUGACUAAGUGGCUGAAGGAGGAGCCUUCAAACAUGGAUCCUCGUGCCCUCCUGGACUGGGACUACUACCUUGAGCGUUUGGGUUCCGUCAUUCAGAAGCUCAUCACGAUUCCUGCUGCUCUCCAAAAAGUCCGGAACCCGGUGCCCAGGGUUCCGCAUCCGGACUGGCUGCAGAGAAGAAUCAACAUCAAGGACGACAAGAUGAAGCAGAAAAAGCUCACCGACCUAUUCAGCAAAGGCCCGCUCGAGGACAUAACAAACCUUGGCUCACAAAGACUGAACGAUCUCGAAGACUUUGGCUCGAAGUUGUUGAAGCCGAAGAGCACAACGGCAAUGAUCAACUCGUCUCAGCAAGCGGCAGCAACGAAGCGAAAGUCUCCCGAGCCAACUAAGGAGCUUGACCCCUUUGCCGCCCUGCCGAAGGUCAUGCCAAGUCCUUCGGAGGAUUACCCGGCUUUCCUGCAAUACCAGAAGCAAAAGUGGAAGAUUCAGAAGCAGGCACGAAUCCGCCGCCGCCACUUGUUUGGUAAUCGAAGAGGCAACGUCGGCAGCAAUAUCCAACAAACGUUCCGAAAUCAAGCAGAAAUCACUUUCAGGAACAACUGGCAGCUUCUUCAGCUACGUGCCACCGACAAUCCAGGCAUCGUAAUGGCGUACGUCUUAAUCGAUGCCAAGGUUCACACACUCAAGAUCAAAGUGCCGCGACAGGUGUUCCUGAAUCUGAAAGGAAAAGAUCUCCCCGAUAUCCACAUUGAUGGCUGUGAGGUUGAGCAGGUUAACUACACUCUGCCAAACGGCCACUCGUCGACGCACUUGUUCAAAAUCACCGUUCCCGAGGAUAUCUAUUUUGCGGAAGCAGAGAAGUUCUCCCUAUUGUUCAACCACCCAAGUGUGGAAGGCGUGUACGAGAAGCAGGUCCCGCUCAACAUUCGCGCCGUCUUGCAGUUGGGCAACCUAUGCACCAUUGACGAGUCGCAGCCCGGCGUUCUAGGCAAAGGCCUGGAGCAAGGAUUUGACCUGAGCGGCCUGAUUCGUCCGCCAAAGGCUAGGACAUACCUCGAGUCGAACCCUCUUGGCUAUCUGUACGUCUCCCACAUAACGGCUGGAGAGAGGCAGAUCUUUGGCAUAUUUUCUACGACCAGCGACCAGGCGCACGUCGUGAUUCUUCAGAAGUCAAGAGAUAAUGGCCAAGACCUUCCGAACAUCAACAAGAUCUACGCGGACAUGCUUGGACGCAGGUCUCGGGAAGAGCCAGAGGGCAGCAACUGGCAGGACUGCUUCAAAUACCAGGCGAAGCUCAGCUUCAAAGUUACGCAAGUGACGACGCGGCGCAAGGCUCACCUCGAAAUCGGCGAUCUGGUCAAGCGGCUCAAGAAGGAUGAAACUCGCCCGCUUAUGCUCGUCAUCCAGUCAUCUCAACGCAAUCAGCUCGUUCAUGACGUGCCUGUUCUCGGAGACUUCCCCGUGCUCCCGCUCAGAUAUGAUCAAGCUGACAGCUCGCUGCCACCACUAGGCUGGCAGAGUGUUGUGGCUCGACGACUGGUCACACACUAUCUCAGCCUGGGAUCUUGGGUGCUGCAUCUCACAGCGCUUGCCAGAUAUGGCGACAUCCCUCUCUGCAACCUGGAGCGGGACGACCCGAGGUUCCUCAUUGAUGUCGCGUACGCUCGCAGGCUGCAGACUAACAAUGUGGUUCUCUGGUGGUCGCCCGGCGCGAGGCCAGACCAUGCAGGCUAUGAGCAGGACGACGUCACGGGCCCGCUGGACAAGGUCAGCAUGCCAUCAGUCAAUCAGCCUGGCACAUACGCCUCUGUCUGCAUUGACAUUGACGUCCGUAAUUUGGCCAUCAACACCAUCCUGACCUCAUCCCUCAUCAACGAACUGGAAGGAUCCGAUUCUAUCUCGUUCAACCCAGCGGCUGACGCGGCGGGCGGCGACGAUGCGAUGCUGCACUCCGAAUCCGCUUUUGCCAAUGCAGGUGUGCUCGUUCUUCGCGAAAUGGUCAAGUCCUGGUGGACUGAAGCUUGCAGGGGCAGCUCAAUGGCCGAUGUCCUUGUUCAGCACCUCGUCCGCUGGGUAGAGUCGUCGGAUUCGUUCAUGUACGAUCGUGCUCUCCACUACUAUGUUCAGAUGAUGAGCCGCAAGGCUCUUCUCCAGCUGAUGGCCGACUUUCGUCGCGUCGGCUCCCAGGUUGUCUUUGCCAACUCGACCAGACUAUUGCUGCAGACUACCAAAUCGGAGGUUGGCAAUGCCUACGCUUACAGUCAGUACAUCAUCAAGAGCAUCAAGAGCAAGGCUUUGUUCAACUUCAUCGAGCUCGAGAUCAAAGAAUACUGGGACUAUCUCGUGUGGUAUGACGAGUUCAACUACGGAGGAAAGGCGUGCCAGGAAGUCAUCGAGGCCGACGAGCAGAAACUCGAGACAGUCAUGUGCUGGCAGAUCAAGACCUUUUUGCCCCUCCGCCUGCAAGACGUCUUCCAGCACUGGACGGUGCAGUUCAUUGAGCUGAUGCACAAGGUCAAGCGCCCCCUGGGCGACCCCGACUCGACACCACGACUCACACAGCUCCCUGCGCGUAAUGGCACGCAAGAUGAGGAGAACACUCUUGGUGACAAGAACUCGAUAAUCCUCACCAAGACGUUUGAGCGCCCACUAAAAAAGGAGAUUCAGUCCCUCGUCUCGACGCAGGCUCGUGAGCUCCUGCAUCCUGAGCUCGCAUCCGAUUGGACCUUCCCUGUGCUCCCCGGCAGUCAUCUCAAGAACAUGCGCAACCGCAAUGCUGUUCUCGAACUCGUCAAGUCGCUGAUGCAAGUCCUCAGCCUGGACAAAAACAUCACGAUGGAGGCGCGUCUUCUCCGCAAGGAGCUCCUUCAGCUCUUUGAGGUGCGCGAGUUUAGCAAAGACGGCGCGUUUGUCAACCCCAGCGAGUCUCUCAAAGUACCACAGUGGAGCUGUGCAGAAUGCACCAUGGCCCGCGACUGGGACCUGUGCCGGGACGAGAGCCUGCUGCCGGACAUAGACGAGGUGGUCAGCGCCGCGGGUGCCAUUGCUGGGGGGCACAACCACAACCUUGACGGCACGGUGCUGCAGAACGAGAUGAAGCGCGCCGCACAGGCGAAGCCGUGGAAGUGCAGCUACUGCGAUGCCGAAUUCGAUCGGCUCAAGAUGGAGGAGCGACUCCUCGCAGACGUGCAAGGCUUCGUGAUUGAGUGGACGACACAAGACCUCAAAUGCGCACGUUGCGGCGGCGCGCGGCUGAAUGACUUCAUGGAGCACUGCCCUUGCUCGGGCGAGUGGGUGGAGAGCGUCAAGAGAGACGAGGUGCUGCGCAGGUUCAAGGUGUACAAGGGCGUAGCAGAGUGGUUUGGGCUGAGGAUGCUGGGGGCUUUGGUGGAUGAGGUGCUGGUGUGUUUGUGA